AUGGACGACCAUUCCGCUAGCAACCCCCCCGUUGACAACCCCCACGUUGACACUCCUCAUGUAGAGUACGAAUAUAUCAUUCGAACAGAGGAGUAUCUCCCCAUCGAGCUCAUUCGCCAUCUUUUGCGCGUUCAAGGGCAAAUCAACCGCCUCGCAGCCGAACAGGAUCUUCAAGUCAUGGAUCUUGAAGGGGAGGUGGACCGCCUUCGAGGCGACGUAUCAUCUCUGCAACGUGAGAUGAACAGCCGGGAGGCUUCAGGAGACCACAACGGUAUCGUACUCGCCUGGAUUGUCGCCGGCAUGGGUGUUCUCUUGACUGGGUUCUGGGUGGCCGGAUUUCCCUAUGGUAACUAA